GAGGGGCAGUGACAGGGAGAGAGAGUGACAGCAAGAGAAAAAGCCUGAGAAAGAGUGCCAGCAAGCAAGACACCAAGUGUGACAGGGAGAGAAAGUGAUAGCAAAAGAGAGAAAAAACGUGAGAGAGAGUGACCACAAAAGAAGGCGUAAGAGAAAGUGACAGCAAAAGAGGAGAAAAAGACAGAGUGUAACAGCGAGUGUUAUAGCAUGAGAGAGGGAAAGUGACAGCAAGAGAGAGAGGGUGCAAAAGAGAAAAAGCAUGAGAAAAAAAAAGACAGAGAAGUGAGAAAGUGUGACAGGGAGAAAGACAGCAAGAGACAGAGUAAAAGUGAGGGAUAAAGGGUGAGUGACAGACAGCGAGAGAGUGACAGAGUCCGUGAGAGAUAGACAGAGCAAAAAAAAAAGCACAAUAGUGACAGCGAGACUGAGAGGGAGAGACGAGAGAGAAUGAUAGUGUGACAGCAAAAGAGAGAAAGUGACAGUGUGACAGAGAUACACAGACAGAAAGAGACAGCGACAGACAGAAAAAAAGAGAGUAAGAGAGACAGUGAUAAAGUAACAGAGAGAGAGAGACAGCGAGAUAGACAGUAACAGCGAAAGUGACAGCAAAAGUGAGAAAGCAAGAGAGUGACGGAGUGAGAGGCAGCGUGAGUAAGAGACAGAAAAAUGACAGAAAGAGUGACAGAGAAAGUGAGAUGAAAAAAAAAAAGUGACAGAGACAGGGAAAAUGUGAACGUAUGAAGAGGGACAAAGAUAGCGAGAAAAGUGACAGAGGGAGAAGCAGACAGACACACAGACAGGUGCAUGGUGUGUCUCUGACUCAGAGAAAAAGGUACAUACACAAGGAGAGAGAAUAAUGCCCAUUCAUACUACUAGCACAGCAUACUAUCUAUCAAUAACUCUUCCCCCUUCAGUCAUACACAGAACAGCUAUUACCCCCUUCCCUUCCAUAAUCCUUUGGUGUGAAUCAUAGUGUAGUGAGUAACAUUACCAGUACAUAAAAAGGUAGUUAAGGAAAUUAACUCUUUCCUGUUCUUGUGAAUUAUUUUCCAUUUUAAAUGCAAGUUUAAAAUAUACAGCUUAACAAUUCUAGCUAAAUUUCACUAAUUAUGUAAUGACUGAUACCCCCCAAACAUACAAAAAACAAUGUGUGUAUAAUUAGCAAGUUCAGUUUUACUUAUCUAGGGGAUUCCCUUUGCUCAUCUGCAGUCCCAGAUAACAGCUUAUCACCUACAAAAUAAAUAAUAAAAAAUGAAUAAAAACAAAUGUUGGGCUCUAUGUGUAAUAUUUUCCCACACCCAGUUCUUCAUGUUUCUAGCACAAAUCCAAUGCACAGAUGAGGUUCCCAGUAUUCAGAGUUGGAAAAAAAAAAGUCAAUCUACAAAUCUCUGUCUGGCUGUUAUAAAGCAGCCUCUAAUCAGCAUCUCAGCUUCAUGAAAAAACAUAUUCUUUGUCACAUUAGUGUUUCUUCCAUAUCCAGCAUAAGCCCAGACAACUCCUGGCCAAGCACACAGCUGCAGAAGUAAAACAGAAAUGCCCUAUUGAAUUUGAUUUGAGUCUCCCCCACUUCUGCUUCCUCAACUCUAUACCAUGUGAUCACUGCAGUCACGUGACUGCUGUGAUGUCAGAGGUUCCUUUAGAGGGAUGGAAUCUAGCUGCUACCGUUCUGACAUGGAAGGUCGAGAGAAACAGUUCAAGAUUCGAUUUAUGCCAGGCUGGGUAGAGAUAGUGCAGGAGGAUGUUGUUGUUCCAAGUAGACGGGUUCUAAUCACAGGUGCAACAGGUCUCCUUGGCAGAUCGGUAUACAAUGAGUUUAAGGAAAACGACUGGCAUGUGCUUGGUUGUGGCUUCAGCCGUGCUCGGCCCAGAUUUGAAUAUCUUAACUUGUUGGAUGCUGCUGCAGUGAAAGCUCUGAUCCAGGACUUCAAGCCACAUGCGAUUGUACACUGUGCAGCAGAAAGAAGGCCUGAUAUAGUAGAAAAUCAACCAGAAUCGGCCUCUAUGCUAAAUGUUGGUGCAUCUGAAAAUUUGGCAAAAGAAGCAGCUGAAGUUGGUGCAUUCCUGAUUUAUAUCAGCUCAGAUUAUGUUUUCGAUGGUACAAACCCCCCUUAUCAUGAAGAUUCUUUACCAAAUCCCCUGAACCUGUAUGGUAAAACUAAACUCGAAGGAGAGCGAGUAGUAUUACAGAAUAAUGAUGGUGCAGCAAUACUUCGAGUGCCUGUGUUAUAUGGUGAUGUUGAAAAGCUAGAAGAAAGUGCUGUAACCAUCAUGUUUGAUAAAGUUCAGUAUAGCAACAAGUCUGCCAAUAUGGACCAUUUGCAGCAAAGGUUCCCAACGUAUGUAAAGGAUGUUGCAAGGGUCUGUCUGCAGCUUACAGAGAAGCGUCUUCAGAAUCCAACCAUAAAGGGAAUAUUCCACUGGUCUGGAAGUGAACAAAUGACCAAGUAUGAGAUUGCUUGUGCAAUGGCUGAUGCAUUUAACCUUCCUAGCAGCCACCUGAGAGCAAUCACUGAUGAACCGGUAGGAGCCACUCCUCGUCCUUGGAACCCAAAACUUGAUUGCUCGAAGCUGGAGGCAUUGGGUAUCGGGCAGCGAACUCCAUUCAGAGUUGGCAUUAGGGAAUCACUUUGGCCAUUUUUAGUGGACAAGAGGUGGAGACAAACUGUCUUCCAUUAGAUAAUAUUGCUCCUUUUUUUCUUUUUUUUUCUUUAGUUAACAGAAAUUUUCUACCUUUUUGUUUUCUUAAAUAAAAUUAGUUUUGUAUGUGUGUUUAAAAAUAAAAAAACUCGGAAAUAUUGCCUAUUGUAUUAUGUUCACAGUUAAAAUUAGAUUACUUUUUGUCACAGUACAGAACCUACCAGUCCCCCCUUUAUAAUGCAACUCCUAUGUAAACAAAAAUUAUGAAGGUGGCUAUAAUUUUAUACUGUUACUAUUAAGGAGUAUUGUCAUUUGCAUGUAUAGCAUAUUGAAAGAGAGGGAUUUAUACUGUGCAGAACCAUGUGUUAUUUUUUAUUAUCUGCUUUGCUGAUCCUUAAUAGCUGUCAGUUUUAUUGUGUCACAUACCAAGACAUAAGAAGUUGUUUGCAAGCUUAUUCUGCAUUUUACAGGAUAAGAUUAUAUUCCUCUGUUUACAGCUAUCCCCAAUCCCCAAGUAGCUGAUUUUUUGUUUUUUAAAUUCUGGUAAGCAAAGUCAGUAGUUUUUGACUUCAAGGCAUAUUUUGCCAUAUGGUUUAUUAAUCUUUUCUUUUGCCAUAAAUUAUAGAUCAAAACAAAGGUAUAUUGGCUAUUCAGAUCUUAGUGACUAUUUACUUUUUUCCACAGUCCAAUAGUUUUCAAAUUAAAAUAUAGAUUAAGGACAAGUGAACAGACAUCCAUUUACAUUUUAGAAAUGUUUCCCUGAAUUUCUAACUUUGAAGAAAGUAUUUAUAAAUGGGGAUUAGCACUAAAGUUUCUGUUGCUUUUUUCGUAUUUCACUGUUAAUUUUGUUCCUUCGAUUGUGAUUAAAACCACCUGUUGGCUGGGGUGUGUAUUUAGUUUAGGAACUUGUUGUACUUUAUAUAUUAGACGAACAUCAUACAUGCAACAAAUUAUGUAUAUUUUUGAGAACUGUUCAGAAUCUAUUUGUAUAACAGGUUGAGAGGAACAAAUUUAUUUUUGUGCACUAUUAUUUGACAUAUGUCAAAUUAUUUACUCUAUUUAUUAAGCAGUCUUCUGACUAGGCAUAUUAGAUCCUUGAAGAUUCCUUACAGCCACUGUUUAUAUGGUAAAUGUGUCUUCAAGCAUCUAAAGGUGUUCCUUGACAGUAUACUAGAUACAUUUAUAUGAUCCCUAGAAUCAUAUAGCAAACUGUAAAUUAAUCAAGUUUGCAGUAGUCUAAAACACACAUUGCUAAUUAAGGUGUUGCAUAAUGAGACAUUAUGAACAAAUGACCUAUUGUCUUUCUACUUAAUGUGUUGUAAUUUUCUGAAUUUGUGUAAUCUUUAGCAUAUGUAUUUUUCAACUGGGUUUGUUGAAUACAAAAUAAAUAUAUAUUUCUGAGAUCGAAA